GUCUGUGUGAACCAUUGCAGAGGCCGGCUGUUUGUUGUCAUCAAGAUGGAGUUUCUACUGGGGAACCCGUACAGCACCCCGGUGGGGCAGUGUAUCGAAAAAGCUACAGAUGGCUCCCUGCAGAGCGAGGACUGGACGCUGAACAUGGAGAUCUGUGACAUCAUCAACGAGACGGAAGAAGGGCCAAAAGAUGCGAUCCGUGCCUUGAAGAAGAGGCUGAACGGUAACAAGAAUUACCGGGAGGUGAUGCUGGCGUUGACGGUUUUAGAGACGUGCGUGAAGAAUUGCGGCCACCGCUUCCAUGUGCUUGUGACGCACCGCGACUUUAUAGAUGGGGUCCUGGUGAAAAUCAUCUCUCCUAAGAACAACCCCCCGACCAUCGUGCAGGAUAAAGUGCUGGCCCUGAUACAGGCUUGGGCAGACGCGUUUCGGAGCAGCCCUGACCUCACCGGAGUUGUGCAUAUUUAUGAAGAACUGAAGAGAAAAGGGAUUGAGUUUCCUAUGGCAGAUCUGGAUGCUCUGUCGCCAAUACACACACCACAGAGGAGUGUCCCGGAGGUGGAUCCUGCUAUGACCAUGAACACUCCCCAGUCCCACCAGCGGCCUAGCUCCGGCUCUUUCUCGUCUCCCCAGACACCGUACAACGCCCCAGCAGUACCUCCGCCAAGCGUGGGUGGUCCGAUCACCGCCAACUCAGAACAGAUUGGCCGCUUGAGGAGCGAGCUUGAUAUAGUCCGUGGCAACACUAAGGUCAUGUCUGAGAUGUUGACUGAGAUGACUCCCGGACAGGAAGAUGCUUCAGACCUUGAGCUACUGCAGGAUCUGAAUCGAACCUGCCGAGCGAUGCAGCAAAGGAUUGUGGAGCUCAUCUCUCGCGUGUCCAAUGAGGAGGUGACCGAGGAGCUGCUGCAUGUCAAUGACGACCUGAAUAAUGUCUUCCUCCGAUAUGAAAGGUUCGAGCGCUACAGGUCAGGCCGCACCGCACAGAACACCAAUGGGGUGCUGAGUGAGGUCACGGAGGAUAAUCUAAUAGAUCUAGGACCCGGAUCCCCUGCAGUCGUGAGUCCGAUGGUUGGGAACACCGCCCCGGCGUCCCUUACAACCCAACUGGGUGGACUUGAUGUCGGUACAACUAGUGUGAGCGCCACGCUCAGUGCCCUCCCCGCCACCAACCCACGGGAUGACUUUGAUAUGUUUGCACAGACGAGGGGCAGCUCCCUGGCUGAGCAGAGAAAGGAUGUGACUUACGAGGAUCCCCAGGCUCUCGGCGGGCUGGCAACUGCUUUAGAUGUCCGGCAGCAGAACACAGGAGGGAGGAGAGGUAGAGCCGGCGGCUCAGCCAUGGAGCCCAUAGACAAGUGGCUCAUUACUCAAGGAAUGAUUCCCGUGCCGCCGGCCUCAGACAUGGAUGACCUCGAGGAGUGGCUCGAGACAGAUGUGAAGGGGGAUGAACUGGAGGAAGGAGUGACCAGUGAAGAAUUUGACAAGUUUCUUGAAGAACGAGCCAAAGCAGUAGAAAGGCUCCCGGACCUCCCUUCUCCCCCCUCCACAGAGCCCUCCCUGACAGUGAACCCUGCAAACCGGAAGAAGCAGGAGCGAGCGGACGACACCCUGUUUGCGUUGUAAAUAAUGGCCGCCUCGCUCCCGCCGCACUCCUGCUGCAUAAAGCCCCUCAUACCCCAACACUACAUCUGUCGUUCAUAGAAAGCAGAUGAGGGCGGACAUUUUGUGGACUGCAGCUAUAAACCCGCAGAUCAAUUGAACGCGUUCAUGCAGCUGGGACUAAUGACAUCACUGAGUGCACGCGGUUUACAAAAUGGCUGCCUCACUGUGGUGAAGCUCACAUAAUUAACGAUGAAUUAAUAACGUCCAGGACGUCCCAUCUCACCUGUGGUCACAGAUGUCCUCCCCCAUUGACCUAGUGUCAGUAGCUAGAACCCAGGAGGGCAUUCAGGCGCCUGCCCUGCCGCAUAGUAUUCCACGGUAUUGUUACCCUAGGUGGCGCCAUACGCAUUCCUUCACUUCCUUGUAUAUGGUCCUUUCCCCGCUUCCCCUGGUAAAAGCACUGCAUGUCUCAUCUCUCGGGAAAACUCUUGUUUUCUUUUCUCAUAUAUAUAUAUAUAUAAAAUUAUAUAUAGCCGUGUAUAUAGAGAGAGGGGGCGAGAGUGAGAAUAUACUGUAUACCUGAACUGCAAUGUUUGCACAGCUUUCUUACCUCUUAGGCGAGCAUCCGCCAUUCCACAGCAUUUAAUUUCUGCAUAUUAUUAUCCGUCAUGGCGGACGUCAGUACAGCAUGCACAUGCAAGCCUCGGCUCACCCGUCCGCUUAACCCCUUGUAUGCCACGCAGCUUUAUUUCUACCGGUUUAACACACGCAGGGGAUGCUGUGCCUGUUCAUGACUGCUGCCGAUGGAUCGCAGUCGCCGCCUGAUCGUUUUCACUACACUGAAUGUCAGCAGCCUGGUUUCCCCGCGUCCCAUUGCCAUAGGUGUCACUCUUGACGUCUGGGAUGAUGCUUAAAAAAUAGAAAUGGCCGCAACGUUAAGCUGAGCACAGGA